GAUGCUGGAAAAGGGCCAGUAAUAUCAUGAAGGAUCCCACCCACCCUGGCUCCUGGAUUGUUUAUCCCACUUGUAUCAGGGAGGAAGCUCUGCAGCAUCCAUGCCAGGACCACCAGACUCAGAAACAGAAUUCUCAUUCUGGAAAUAAGUUCACAUUAGUUCAACAAGUUACAGAGAUUCCUACACUGGAAGAUAAAUCACUCUCAAAAGAAGAAAUCAUGAGGUACAGCAGACAGCUCAUCAUUCCAGAAAUUGGAGUCAAAGGUCAACUCAACCUCUCCAAGAAAGCUGUUCUAAUUGUAGGAUGCAGAGGAUUGGGCUGCCCUGCUGUGCAAUACCUGGCAGCUGCAGGCAUUGGUUGGUCGGGACUUCUUGAUUACGAUGAUGUGGAGCUCAGUAACUUACAGAGACAGGUUCUCCAUGCCGAGGAUAAGGUGGGCAUAUCGAAAGCAUUGUCUGUGGCAACUGCAAUAAAUCAGUUAAAUUCAACUGUUGAAUGUCUACCAUGUCGCUUUCAGUUGAAUUUCAAGAACCCAAGACAGCUAAUUCAGCAAAUAUCCUUUUUGUUAGAUUGUUCUGACAAUGCUCCCACAUGAUAACUUGUCAAUGAUGCCUGUGUUCUGAAUGGGAAGCCACUUGUAUCAGCCAGUGCUCUCAGAAUGGAGGGGCAGCUCACUGUGUAUAAUUACAAUGGUGGACCUUGUUAUAGAUGUCUCUUUCCAAAACCACCUCCAGCAGAGACCGUAACCAAUUCUUCAGAUGGAGGAGUGUUGGGUGUAGGCACAAAACAUGAGGUCGAGUACCGCAUUUCCAUAACUGGCCCACCAGUCCAUGCCCACGUGGAUGGACUGGAUCCAGAAAAGCUGGCGACCGCGAAGCCCAAGUUUGUCAAUUAG